UGAAGUUAUUUCCUGUGAUCGUGGCUAUAUCGUUGACACCGUUGCCAUGUGAGCUGAAUAACUGAGGUUGAAGAACUGUUUAAAGGUAGACACUGGAUCUUAUCGACAACAUUCUUUCAUUAGACGAUAUCUAGGUUUAGCCUCGGACUUUACAGACAGACGCGUGGAAAUCCCCAACAAUGGAGAUGGGAGAAUAUUGAACGGGUUUGACUGACCAGUUUGACAGUAGUUUUUUACUGUAUCUGACAGUAUGAAGACCAUCUGUCUUUUCUUGUACCUUGGCCAGCUGAUGUGGUUUUCCUCUGCAUGCAUGCUGUGCUGUCAGUGUGGAAGUUUUUCGCCAGAUUACCCUUUUUACUAUACAAAUGACACAAGUAACUUGACUUGUUCCUUGGACAAUUCCUCCACGUUGGUAAGCGCAUCAGAUCUGUAUAUCACUAAAGAUGGUAAGGAGAUGGAUCCAGCAUUUCUGACUGUAGUCAAUGAAACCACUGUGAGGUUUCAGAAGGUCGUCAGCAAAGAGGAUGACGGAGAGUAUCAGUGUAGAAUCAGACGCGUACCUGGAAGUUCGGGCCUUAUUGGCACCUUGGAUUUCAAAGUGGAUGACCGGAUACAACCAAUAAAAGAGAUUCAGUGCGUCUGGCACAACUGGAAAGACAAGUUGAUUUGUUCAUGGAGCAUCCCACCAUACCGCUACAUGCAGUACAUCAAAGUUAAACUUAUUUGGUUUAACAGUAGCUUAAGGUACAGGUAUAAUGGGGCAAGUAAUAUAUGUCCACACAUGGAAAACAUGACAGUGUGUACCUGGGAAACUACCGACGCCUCCUUGGACACUAGCCCUUGGCAUUUCAAACUGACUGUAUACAACACUCAGGUUAAUGACAGUGAGGAGGGACCCUGGAUAACAAAAAUCGUCAAAGAUAACGUUAAACCCUCAGCUGUGGAAUCAUUUCAACAACACUACACAGACAAGAGUACCUGUUUAUUACUGACUUGGACGUAUGACAAAAGCAUUGCUAAAUCUAGAUUGAAGUACUACAGAAUUCAGUACUUUCCUGUGGCAGAUCCAUCACAGUUGAAAGAGGUGUGGAGUGAUUCAUUCAAUGUGACUAUCUGUCAGCUUACUCCGUACACUGAGUACAAUUUUACCAUCGCUGUCCACCCAAACAGGAAUGCAGUCAAGGGUUACUGGAGUGACCCAGUCAGCAAAUGGUUCCAAACAGACCAGGAUAUUCCAGUUGUGCCACCGGAGAUGUUUGGAUGCACACAAUCUAACAAAACUUGCUUCAAGGAAGGAGGGAACAACAUCAACAGUUACACAGUUUUUUGGAAGGCAUUACCAGAGGAGGACAGCAAUGGUGAAAUUAUCAGCUAUAAUGUAACAUAUACUGACAUUUCUUCAUCACAUCAUCACACAGACUCCACCAUUAGGAACAAAACAGAUAUAUCAGUCAACCUGAGACUCCACUGUGACAAACUCUACAAUGUUUCUAUCAAUGCUGCCACCAAAAAGGGAUACUCACCAUAUCACUCCAGUCUUAUCAUCAACACCACAGGUACUUCCUUACCUGUUGUUAUGGUGGAGCGUAAUAAUUCACUCUACAAUGUUUCCUGGACUGUCCCUUGGCAUGUAGACUCCCUCAUCAGUUUCAGUGUGGUUUAUUGUAAGCAGCUUGGUUCACAACAAAACUGUAUUACACCAUUGGAUGUUCCAGGCUCCUACACACGUUCCCAAACUUUGUCGCUGACAUCCAACACAAUGUACCUGUUUGGUGUGUCAGUCAUUAGGGAUGGAGUUACCAGUGCUGCCAUGUUUGAGAGCUGUGUUUACGUUGUCACUGAAAGACAAGAACAGCUGAAGGUAAUCCCAUCCACAUCAAAGACAGAAUACAUCAUCAGCAACCUUGAGAAGGAUGUACAGUAUGGUGUUAGAAUGUUGAGCUCUUCUUCAUCACAAUCUAGUCGUCUGAGUGGGAUGAAGUAUGGAACACCUACAAAUAAUGACAUUACAGUGGGAUUUAUCGCUGGUAUUGUGGUAGCCUCAAUUUUUGUAGCUGUCCUCGUCAUGGCUGGCAUAUUUUUCGCUUGCAAAAAGACAAAGAGUGGAAUAGUAAAACUGAAAACUCCGUAUGACAUUGAUGUUCCUCAACUGGACAAGGAUUCCAGCCCUAACAGUUCUACAGGGUCCUGCAGGUCCACAGACAAUUCCCAACAGGCCCUUCUCCCAAAACAACACUCUGUGGAUUUUAGCUGCCAUAACAAUCCUGGCCAAAAUCAUUUUGACAAAUCAAAAAAUGCCACAACCAAACGCCAGUUUAGUCGGGACAGUGGAAGGGGUGGUAGCUUGUCCUCAGAGCCUGACUAUCCAGACAGACUGUAUUCCGUUCCAGAGGAUAACAUCUGUGCCAAUACUAAGAUGCCAGGAGGGGAUGGUUACACCAGUAAAAUCAGGGAUACUUCAGGGAUUGAAUCCUUCAUCAGUACUCCUUAUUCUGUAAUACGCACCACACAGUCUGAAGGCUCUGAUGAACAGGAGCCAUCUGUAGAACAGAAUGGAGACAUAGUGUCUGAUCAUGCUAGUGAAGUACACAUUAGUCCUUCAGAAAUCACUGUGAUGUUUGUAGUAGACCAAAACCGAGAAUCAGAUGUAGCCAGUAAAGGAUAUAACUGUCAUGAACAGAUUAUGUCUGUGCCUACCUUUGAAAUGGUCCAGUCAGGUAAAACUGGCAAGACUACAGCUAAGCCAGUUGUUAUAAAAGAUAUAAGUCCCACAAUGCCUGAAAAUGCUGUGCAGUCAAGCACAACAUGCACACAUUCCAGUGGGGCUGCAUCUCAAGAAUCUCCUGCAUGUAAUUCCUCAGGCCCCUUGUCUUAUACAAUGAUGGAUACAUCCUCCAGCCAGGUAGGUCCCAUGGGACCAGGACUGAAUUCCAGUACACAGUUGAGUGAUAAGACAUCAGCUGAGGAUAGAGCACCAGAGAAUCCUGAUGGGUACAGCACUCUCGAAAAUUUAGGUACAUAUACAAAUGAUGGGUACACCACACUGGAAAAUUUAGGUACAUAUACAAAUGAUGGGUACACCACACAGGAAAAUUUAGGUACAUGUACAAGUGAUGGGUACACCACACAGGAAAAUUUAGGUACAUGUACAAGUGAUGGGUACACCACACAGGAAAAUUUAGGUACAUGUACAAGUGAUGGGUACACCACACAGGAAAAUUUAGGUACAUAUACAAGUGAUGGGUACACCACACAGGAAAAUUUAGGUACAUAUACAAGUGAUGGGUACACCACACAGGAAAAUUUAGGUACAUGAACAAGUGAUGGGUACAGCACACAGGAAAAUUUAGGUACAUGAACAAGUGAUGGGUACAGCACACAGGAAAAUUUAGGUACAUGUACAAGUGAUGGGUACACCACACAGGAAAAUUUAGGUACAUGAACAAGUGAUGGGUACAGCACACAGGAAAAUUUAGGUACAUGUACUAGUGAUGGUUACACCACACAGGAAAAUUUAGGUACAUGAACAAGUGAUGGGUACAGCACACAGGAAAAUUUUUAGGUACAUGUACAAGUGAUGGGUACACCACACAGGAAAAUUUAGGUAUAUUUACAGCUCCUCAGAGGGUGACACAAAUAAUACACAAAAGCUACAGAGUUACCUCCCUUGAUCUUUACAGACAAAUAGUGUCACACCAUCAUCAUACACAGGGUCAUGACCUGCCAUUUGAACUUCUGUUACAUAGUAACAGAAUGUUUUUUUUCUUACUUCACAUUACAAAGCAGUUAGGGAUUCAGGUUUUCAUUAUUGUUUUGUACUAAAUAUCAGCAAAGCAGAGUUAAUCAACCUAGCAAAUCCUGUGGGACAAGUAAUGUAUUUGAGGCAGCCAUAUGUCAUAACCCUGAUACAUUGUAUCACACUCAAGUUCACUGUGUCACUAUCAAGUUCACUGUAUCUCAACCUGAUACAAUGUAUUACAACCAGCUACAUUGUAUCACAACCAGCUACAUUGUAUCAUCACUCAGAUACAUUUUAUCACAAUCAUGCAUAUUGUAUCAAAACAUUGUACAUAUCCAAACAAUUUAUAUUGUAUUGAAAUCAUGUACAUUGUAUCAAACUCAUGUAUAUUGUAUGGCAGCCAUGAAUUACAACUGUUUGAAUUAUUUUGAAUCAAUGUACAGUUGUUUACCCUUUAACAAAGUCGUUUAUGUCUGGCUUUAAGGGUAUUGGUGUUUAUUUGUUGAUUGACUUGAAGAAUUGUUUGUAUUUUUUGAGAUUAGAAGGAAAGAAAAUCUGUUUCUGAAAUAAGUAGGUCUAGUUCUAGAUUUGAAAGAAAGAAGAUCUCAUGGAUAGGUGGGAAGCAGAUAUGUCUUGGCCUGGGGUGGCCCAAUAUGGGAAAUAGAGCAAGUUCUUUAAAAUCCUUUUUAUAUAGGAUUGCUUAGAUUCUGUUCCAAUUUAGUCUGAAACAUCCUUCAGUGAAGAGGAUUAAAUUUUGUGUAAACAAUUGGUCAUGGAUGUAAUAGGGAAAGUCAAGCAAUUGCUAUAAUAUCCUUCCUCUUUUGUUGAAAUGAUUGGAUUUUGUCUCAAAUUAGUCUGAAGUAUCCUUAGGUGAAGUGGCAUCAAUUUUGUAUAUAAAUGGUUUGUAUUGAGGCCCCCUUGGACACGAGGGGUAGGGAACAAUAGUGAAAAAGAGCUAAUUCUUUGAAAUCCUUCCCCUGUUGUAGGAAUGACUGGAUUUCCUCUCAAGUAGUGUUCCUAUCUGUAAUGAUAUAUAUUAUAAAUUUCACUCAGAAUUGCGAUACUCUUGUAAUUCUGGUUUUUCUUUUUUUGAUUAUCAGCUAUUAUAGGAACUUAGGUCACGGAUCUCAUAAAUGUAAUGGGUGCCACUUAUGCAUUAUGAUUCAGGAGAAGUGAAAUCAGCAUUUUACUCCAUUCAUCUGUUUUACAUAGAAAAUGUCAUGGACUCAUUAUACAAUACUUCCUUUUGGUAUUUUUUUGUUUUGUUGUUUUUUUAAAGGAGUGAUUAUGUCUAUGUUUAAAAAAAUUCUGAUUCUGAACCAUUAUUGUCCAUUAUUGACUUGAUGUAAUAAUAAUAUACAGUGUUUAGAUCAUGAAACAUAUCAAAAUCCACAUACCUGAUGAUGCAUAAUGGUAUUCUACAAUCACAAGGUGGUUUCAUCAAUCAGUAUUAUACAAAAAAACCAAACAAAAUGGUUAUGUACUAGUGAACAGUAUAUUUUAUUUGGCGAUUAGAGAGCUCUUUAGUAAAUUGAGGGGAACAAACAAAUCACACCUAAUCUCUACAUUUGUUGAUGCUGUGUUUUGUCACACAAUGUGUGUGUGUCAUUUGUAUACAUUUCAAUCAAACCUGAUGUUUCUGUAAUAAAAUAACAUUUAUAACAAUAAAUGAUAGCAAGAUCUAUUAAACAUGUCACUUACAUGUUGUGUAUAUAUCAUCGUUGUAUAUAGAAAUGGCUUUUCAUUAUCAAGUGUAGGAAGUCAGCUGUUUAGUAUAUAAAUGUCCAUUCUAUGUUGUAUAUGACAUGUCAAAAAGUGCCAUUAACAUGAAAAAAAUGUGAUCUUUUCUAAUAAAAUAUCGCCUAACCUAAA